UCUGCUACUCUCUCAUAAUUUUCAUUGAAACUUCACAGAAUGUUUAAGCAGAUUAACGAACUUUACCUCAAUCUUCUCUUACUUUCAAUUUACAGAAGAACAACAUGUUUAGUUUGUUCUUUUAAUCUGAAUCUUCCGAUGCAGGUACAACUCUAAAUAUUCAAGUUAUGUCACUGACGAAGAUUCAAACGACAUGAAUCAUAUGACAAAACAUAAAAGAACCAACGCUUUUCUUUUGAAUUCUGCUUCAGCUCACGAUCUAAGAUGUCUAGAGGUCGAGAAAGAGAAGCAAGACCCUAAAUCACCGAGAGGAGCCUUAGAAGCCUGCUUAACCCGUUCCUCAAUCUCUUCCUCUUCCUCUGACGACCCUCCUCCAAACAGAGAAGCUAGCGAGAACGCAGAUGCAGACACAGAUGCACAGUGCAAGAAUCACAGAGCAUCAUCAAACUGGGGAAAAUUCUUCAAGCUAUGGAAACGCAGAUCCAUGAAACGCCUCUCUUCCUUUCCCCCAUUAAGUGGCGCCGCCCCAUCGAUCUCCAAAAGCAACAAAACACACAUCGAUGGUAUGGUCCUUCACGAUAUCUACGAUUUCCAAUCAUCUCUCCACAACUUCUCAAUCUCUGACAUCGAAAUUGCAACUGACAAUUUCAGUCCAGAAAACAUUAUUGGAAGAGGCGGUUAUGCUGAGGUAUACCAGGGAAUUCUACCGGAAGGAAAGCUAAUCGCUGUGAAACGCCUGACGAAAGGCACACCGGAUGAGCAAACAGCCGAGUUUCUAUCUGAACUUGGGAUAAUAGCUCAUGUUGAUCAUCCGAACACCGCCAAAUUCAUCGGUUGUUGUAUCGAGGGUGGAAUGCAUCUCGUGUUCCGGCUAUCUCCUCUUGGAAGCUUAGGCUCUCUCCUCCAUGGACCAUCGAAAUAUAAGCUGACUUGGAGCAGACGUUACAAUGUAGCGUUAGGAACAGCAGAUGGACUAAUUUGCGAUUUUGGGUUAGCCAAAUGGCUUCCCAAACAAUUGACACACCAUAACGUGUCCAAAUUCGAGGGAACAUUCGGGUACUUUGCACCAGAAUAUUUCAUGCACGGAAUUGUAGACGAGAAGACAGAUGUUUUUGCCUUUGGAGUUCUCCUCUUGGAGCUCAUAACGGGCCACCCUGCUCUUGACGAGUCUCAGCAGAGCCUUGUCUUAUGGGCUAAGCCGUUGCUAGAGAAACAAGCUAUAAGAGAAUUGGUGGAUCCAUCUCUUGGAGAUGAGUAUAACAGAGAAGAGCUUAUCCGGUUAACUUCCACUGCUUCUUUAUGCAUCGAUCAGUCUUCUCUCCUACGACCCCGGAUGAGCCAGGUUGUGGAAUUGCUGCUAGGUCAUGAAGGUGUCGUAAUGACUCCAAGAGAAGCCAAGAUAAAGAUGAUGCAACGAACGUAUUCGGAAGAAUUAUUAGAUAGUGUAGAAUAUAACUCCACUAAGUACUUGGGAGAUCUUGAUCGCAUUCGAGAGAUUGCUUUAGCUUCUUGAAAUUGAUCAAAAUUAUAAUUAUGUAAAACUAUUUUGGUUUCUUUCAUUGGUGAAUAUAACUCAUCGUAAAAA